AAAGCUUAUGAGACGAUGUGGUAAUCAAAACGAAAAAAUUCGGAACUGGAACCACAUCCCCCGUGAAGGCGAGGAGGGGCCAGCAGCAGUAGGGUAGGGUGGAACUGGAACUCAAAGCUGAUACUUCUUCCCUAGUCUCCUCGGCGGGCGACACGCUCGGAUCGAUCCCCGCCGCCGCAGCCUCCCUCACCCUCUCCAAUCCAAUCCGCAGCUACCCAAUGGCGACGGAGCUGCUCCCCGUGGUGGACCUGCGCGUGCUCUCACAGCCCGACCUGGACGCGCUCGCCGCCGCCUCCGCGCACGCCCUGGCGCCGCGGACCUGCCCCGACGCCGACCCGCUCCCGCCUCUCAAGAUCGACCGCGCCGUCUUCAACGAGAGCGCCGGUUCCCGGAAGCAGACCUUCUCCCGCCGCCGCCUCGCCGCCUCGCCCUCGUCCGCCCGUCACUCCUCCUCCGCGCAGACGUCCACCGGGCGGAAGAACGACCCCGAGGGCGACCUCGUCGCGUACCACCUCCGCCGUCUCUUCGUCCCCGAUGACCCCUCGCUCCCGCCCCCUCCAGAACCGCAAACCCUAGCCCUACUACAAGAGCCCUCCCCCCCUCCGCCGCCGGCCCCCGACCCCGACCGGGAGACCACCAACGCCAAGGGGGUCUCCGUUGACCUUCUCGGGCUUGCGGCGAUGCCGGAGCCCUACGAUGCCGAGCUGCACAGGCGGACGGCCGGUAUGGCCUCCGGUACCGACCUGCAGGGUUUCAUCGACAGCCUCGCAGGGGAGUGGGUAAGCCAGAAGAAGCGGAGGAAGAAUGUGGACGCGUCCUUCUUCGGGGAUCACCUCCCUCGCGGGUGGAAGCUGCAGCUCGGGCUCAAGCGAAACAGUGGAUCCAUCUGGGUGCGCUGCUUCAGCUACGUGAGCCCCAAGGGACGUCACUUUUCUACUUGCAAAGAGGUUUCUGCAUACCUCAUGUCACUUCUUGGGUAUCCAGAGCUCAAACCAGCCGCUAAUCAGUAUGAAAGCACAGGACAACAUUACUCGAGUGCCAACAAUGGUGAUGGUAGUGUUUUAGGUUUCAAAGAUCAAAUUGGUUUAAUUACGGACAAGACAAAUGUACAGCACCACUUGUCAUGUCAUGAAAAGAGGGCUAAAAGGCGCAGAACUAGCAAGUUUGGUGAGCCAGUAGUGGGAAAAGAUGGUAAAUUUGAAUGUCCUAUUUGUUUUAAGACCUUCGAGGAGGAAUCCCGGUACUUUGGCCAUGUUGGAGCUCAUGCAAGGUAUGAAGGGUUGACUCCUGAAGCAUUUGUGGAUAAGACUACUUAUAGAAGGGCAACUAAUAAUCACUUGGCAGAAAUUUCAUUUGGUCUUCAAGAGUUACCUGAAUCACAUGGACAAAACAAUAAGGUUUCUUAUGGUGAAACAGUCUUUCGGCACCAUAAUCAUUCAAAUGAACAUGUUGACAAUAACUCUACGGCCACUGAGCUUUUUAGUACAAAUUAUCCAGAUAAUUUCAUUAGACCAAAUAAAACCUGGGGUAGGUCUGAAGAAGGUCCUUCCUUCAAUGAUGCUUCAAGUGUAUGUAGAUACACAAAUUUUACGGGCCAUGCCGAUUUGACAGUUCCAGAAAGAGCAUCAAUCUCUAAUAAUCAAAGUGUUAGCAACAUUAAUGGUUUUUUGGGAGUGUCUAUGUUUAGUGAUCAGCCAGGAAGUAACCAUGUUAUCAGACCUACUGUCUUUGGAACAAAUAAUACGGUGGAAGGAAGAGAUGUCAACCUCAAUUCAUGUGUAAAUACAAUAUCUUUUCCUAUUGCUAAUGCAAAUAAUGAAACAUCAGCUGGCCUGAAUGAAGCUAAUCGGUUAUCUACUACUGCAAAAUGUUUUAGUGGCAGUUCUAAUAACAAUGAUGGUGCAUCUAGUGCAUCUUCCCAUUGCGGAUCGACCAAUAAAAUCUAUAGUUCGUAUGGCACAACAAGCAAAACCCAAGCUGUUGGCUCCAGAUGCAUCAGUGGAAGCUAUGAGCCUUAUGGUGAAGAUUGUGGUGCUCUUAAAGUUAACCCUUUUGCCAGCAAGAACAAUACUGCUGUGUAUCAGUCUAAAUUGGGCACACAACCUGUCUAUGUUGUGGCAACUAGGGCAAAUUGUUUUGCUUCUGGUUCGAUGCAGACAAAUAACAGUGAUAAAGAACUUGCAUCCAGUGCCAUGGAACGGAUUGAUAGCGUGAAGAACAGAACAAGUAAAGAAACAGGAUUUGUCACUGAAGCUUAUAACAAUGAUGCCUUUAGUGGUGGUAUUACUGAAAAGGGUUUUGCGCAGUUCAGUAACAGUUCUACUCACAUAAAGCCCAAUGCUUCUGGCCAUUGUUCACUACCUGAAUCAAAAACUCCAACAAAUGGAAGUGAUAUCAACUGCAUCAAGGGCUCUUCGGUUAAUAGAGGUGAUGUUAGCUUCACAAAUGGCUCGUUUGUCAAUAGGCCCAUCAACAACAAUGAACCAAAUGUAGCUAGGCUUGAGGUGAUGGAGAAGUUGAAUAAUGUGAUGCAAAACCGUUAUAAUGAUCACGCUCCUGGUUUUGAUCCUCAUGCUGCAGCUAGUGCUAGCCGGAAUGCCAAUGGUCUUAUGCCUAUGCAUGCCAAUUUUGGUUGCAUGUCCUCUACAGUUCAAUCUGUUGCUAAUGUUUCAACGACCAGCACAUCUCAAGAUCAGUGUGAUUUGCAACUUGGAUUUGGUGUACAGAAGCAGCAUAUAUUUUCUAGGCAUGGAGAGCUUAGAACGGCUACAGCUCGAUCCCCUCUGCCUGGGAGCAUUGCCAAAAGAAAUUCUGUACCCACUGAAUCCUCACAGUUUGAGAGCAUGGAUGGGCCUAAAUCUUUCCCCAAUGGAACAUCGCAGUUCGGAGGCUUUGCAAGGCCUACCUUUGUGCCUGCUGCACCUUCUCAGUUUGGGAGCAUGGCUCAACCUAAUUAUGUGCAUUCUUCUCAAUCCUCUCAAUUCACAAGCUUGGUUCAACCGAAUUCUGUACCUCCUGCUGAGUCCUCGCAGUUUGGAAGCAAAGCCCAAUCUAGUUCUGCACCCCUUGCUAAAACCUCUCAGUUCAAGGGCAUGGCUGGACCAAAUUCUGUACCUCCUGCUGAGCCCUCUCAGUUUGGGAGCAUGAUUAGACCUAAUUUGGUACCUCCCGCAUCUUCUCAGUUUUUGGGGAGCAUGGUUCGACCAAAUUCUGUAACUCCAGAAUCCUCACAGUUUGGAAGCAUGACCAGACCAAACUCUGUACCUCCUGUAUCGUCACAGUUUGUUAACAUGCCCAGUCAAAAUUUUGUGAGCGCAUCCGAGCCAACUCUAGUUUUGGGGUACGCACCGCAGAUUGGAAGUGACCCUCCACAUCAAGUCCAGUUAGGAUGGGAUUUGUCCUUGCCAAGGAUGGUUACUGGCGGCAGCAUGGUCACUUGUUUAUGUAUAUGGUGCAACAGUCAGUUCCAUCAUUUUGGCCCUGUUGAUGGACAGCAGGCUAGUUCUUUUGGCUUCAUUUGCCCCACCUGUAAAGAUAGGAUGUCUGGUCAUCACAGUAUGCCCAGCAAUGGUUCAUGGCAGCCUUGAGGUGCAGUGCUGUUUGUUAAUCAUCUGCAUUUCUGCAUCUGAGGGAUCUCGUGGUUUUCUGUACACCAUGUCUGGCGACUGUUGAGGACAGAAAAUUGUCCGCACAAGCAGAAGUGGUCCCGCCUCCAAGUUCAGUGGACUGUCAAGGGUAGCUGGGAGCUGGAAUGUAUUUAGUUGGUACUAGGGUAUGCAAUGAGAGAAGUUGGGUUUCUCUACUACUUGUCAAAGAUAGCAAUGGGAGACCAUGAUGAAUUCAGGCCAUCUUUUUUUUUCUUGAAUCCACCAGUUAAGCUGGCAUGUUUGUCGGAGCUAUAUCUCAGGUUAUUUUGAGCUCUAGCUUCGAUGGGGAGUUGACUUCAUUAUUGGUACUGAACUUAAAAUGACUCCAGUCCAGUGUCUUGUUGGUUGUGUAAAUUAUUUGUUAGCUCAGGUGGAUUAGGCGCCUAGCUCUUGCUGUAAUAUUUCCCUAACACUGGGCAGCCUUUGUCUAUCCUUUCCUGAUGAGGUUCUGUUAGUCAAGCUGAAGUACAUUUCUAGGUAA